AUGUCCCAGAAACCUCUUCAAUUCGAGCGUGGAAAUAUCCAUUGGAUGGCGUACUUCAAGCUGAUGCGAUUGCACAAGUUUCCUACAGGGAGCAUAGUCGUGUUCUGGCCGUGUGCUUGGGGGGUCAUUAUGAGUGCAUCUAUUACGGACAUGAAACCACCUCAGGUCGCGAUCCAGCUAGUGCUGUACCUCACUGGUAGCACCAUUCGUCACAGCGCCGCGUGUAUCUGGAACGACAUAUGCGAUCGUGAAUUCGAUCGUGAAGUCGUUUCCAUGACCGGGGCGGUAACGCUGUUGAUAUCACAGCUUGCGCUUGGUAUAGGCCUUCUGGUAUAUGCCGGACCUGUCGCCACGCGCGUCGGCCUAUUCGGGUUAGUAUUCCUUGACUUUCCCUAUCCUCUCAUGAAGCGAUGGACUUGGUGGCCUCAGGCAUAUCUUGGUCUUGCCAUGACGUGGGGGCUUCCCGUUUCAUGGGUCUCCAUCGUCGGUCACAUGGAUUGGACAGUGGUACCUGUUCUCUUCCUCGGCGGUGUCAGUUGGACUAUACAUUACGAUACGAUCUACGCCUGCCAAGACCGCCGUGAUGAUGUCAAGGCCGGCGUAAAAUCCACUGCGGUGCUGUUCGAAGAUCAUGUCAGGCCAAUCCUGUCCUGCUUUGCCGCAUUCUUUGUGGCCAGUCUCGCCUUGGCCGGCGUACAGAACGCCCAGGGUCCCCUUUACUUUGUCAUGACAGUCGUGGGCACGGCCGGGCACCUUGCCUGGCAGUUGGCCACGAUCGACUUUGACGUGAGCGCGGAUUGCUGGAGAAUGUUCAAAGUGUACGGAUAUGCUGGGAUGAGUAGCAAGAGGAAGUGA